UCCCUCCUUUCACUCGUCCCUUCACCGCACAUGUAUUCCUAUGUGGAGCUCCAGCGCGGACAGUGUGGCUCCAGCCGAAGGCGGCCGAACGACUACUCUUCCCAAAAACUUACUGAAGUCCUUCUAAACUGUGGAUUUCUUGUUCUUUUUUUCUUUUCGGAAAAAACUCCUUUUGGAUUAACCACUUCAAAGGGGAAUAACUUGUUUUGUCAUUAAAAGUGGCUGACUACAGCUCGGGUCCCCAUGCCCUGUCUUGUGAGCACUGCUUGGCCCGCUGAGCCCAUAGGUGCGUCUAUACCGGGCUACAGCUGAAGCAGGUCUGGUCGGUGGUGGAGGUGGGUCCUCGGAGGGCCCGAUAGCAGGCGAAGAAGCCUGUCCCGUCUCAGCCACACGAAGAUGAACAAACUGAACUUCCACAACAACAAAACCAUGCAGGACCGCCGCUGUGUCUGUGUCUUUUUGCCCAAUGAUGACACACUGAAUGUCAUAGUUAAUGUGAAGAGUUUGUGCCAGGAACUAUUGGUCCAGGUGUGUGACCUCCUCAGGCUGAAGGACUGUCAUCUGUUUGGGCUCAGUGUUAUUCAGAAUAAUGAGCACAUCUAUAUGGAGCUGGAUCAGAAAUUGUCCAAGUACUGUCCCAAAGAAUGGAAGAGAGAAGCAAGCAAGGGCAUUGAUCAGUUUGGGCCUCCAAUGAUCAUUCACUUCAGAGCUCAGUAUUAUGUUGAGAAUGGACGAUUGAUCAGCGAUCGGGUGGCCAGGUACUACUACUACUGGCACCUUAGGAAACAGGUGCUUCUCUCUCAGUGUAUCCAAAGGGAGGAGGCCUACUUCCUCUUGGCAGCCUUCGCCCUGCAGGCUGACCUCGGCAAUUUCAAACGCAACAAGCACUUUGGGAAAUACUUUGAACCUGAAGCGUACUUCCCCCCAUGGGUGAUAGCCAAGCGUGGCCGUGAGUACAUUCUGAGGCAUAUCCCAAACAUGCACAAAGACCAGUUCGCUCUCACGGCUUCAGAGGCACACCUCAAGUAUAUCAAGGAGUGCGCCCAGCUUGAUGAUGUCACAGUACACUACUACAGACUCUACAAGGAUAAGAAAGAAGUCGAAGCAUCUCUUACAUUGGGCCUGACUUUACGUGGUAUUCAAAUAUUCCAGAAUGUCGGGUCUGUGAGGCAGCUGUUGUACGACUUCCCUUGGACCAAUGUGGGAAAACUGGUAUUUGUGGGGAAGAAGUUUGAAAUCCUUCCUGACGGUCUACCCUCGGCUCGUAAACUCAUCUACUACACAGGAUGUCCUAUGCGGUCUCGCCACCUCCUGCAGCUGCUCAGCAACAGCCACCGGCUCUACAUGAACCUGCAGCCGGUUCUCAAACAAGUCCGUCGACUGGAGGAGAACGAAGAGAAGAAGCAGUACCGGGAGUCAUACAUCAGCGAUGCUCUUGAACUAGACAUGGAUCAUCUGGACAAGCGUUCCCGUGCUAGUGGCAGCAGCGCAGGCAGCACGUCUCAUCACAAGCGUCUGUCUCGCCACUCCACUACCAGCCACGGCAGCUCGCACACCUCCGGCAUUGAGGCGGACAGCUUCAGGGCCCCCGGCCAGGCCCCGCACAGACCCCUGCGCACCUGCAGCUCGUCCACAACCAGUCACGGGAGCUCGCACACCUCUGGCAUCGAGAGCAGCGGCAAGGAACGCAACCUAGAUGAUGAAGAGAUUGAGAUGCUGGUGGAUGACCCCAAAGACUAUGAGGAGCUUCAUGAGAUGGCCCUGGAUCAGGAGAUGUGCAUCCACAUUACUGAGGACAUGCUGACGAUGUCACCUGAUCAGACCAACGGAUAUUCAGGAUUGAUUGUAAAAGAUGUUAGCUCCUCCACAUCCAGCUCCUCUGAGACUGUCGUCAAAAUGAGAGGACAGAGCAUCGAGUCUUUGCCACAGACGUCUGCCUGCAGGAACCCUCAGUCUUCGACCGACCGCCACAGCCAAUCACUAGACGACAUCCGCCUCUAUCAGAAGGACUGCCUGCAGUGGGCGGAGCUCUGCCAGGACACCGCCCACAGCUACACAUUCGGUUGCGCUCAAGAGCUAAGCGACAGCAGCGGCGGUGGCGGCUAUCAAGGCCUGGCCGAUCAACGUGCCGGCAUGCUUGGCGAGCAGCACCCGUUUCCCAUCAAGAGAACCAACAAGUACUUCUCUCUGGACCUGACCAGCGAUGAGGUUCCCGAGUUUGUCGUGUGACAGAAGCACAAAGUAGGCGACCUCAGGGUGCCCUUUUCGCUUCUCCACGUCAGACGUGGAGAUGUUUCAGGCCUCAGGGAACGAGAUGAGAGGAGCGCUGCAGAGCUGGUUUCUAUUCUUGGCAGCAAAUAGUAGCGAUGAGUAAACUGGCAACAAGUUAGCUGCCCCUUUUAAGCACCACUCGAGAUGUUUCACAUAACACAUAAUAAAUCAAUAGACAUUGUCUGUCUGAAAAUCAGACUUUAAGAACAAACACUGGGCUCAAAAGAACUAAAAAAAACUGCACCCCAAGGUCAAAAGAAACAAAAGGGAAGGGAUCUUUAAAAAAAAAAAAGAAGAAGAUUUUAUUUAAUUCAGUCUCCUCCAAACUGAUCCGUUUCUUUACAAAGUCAUCAAAAGACUUGUGCAUGUAGGUUUACAGCAGACAGAUUAAUGCACCUGACAAGCUUUUCAAAGAUCUUCUGUGGAGGACACAAAGGACAGAAAUCACGCUGAGCUACAAACCAAAGACGAGAUGGAAAUAAACUGAAACUACAUCUGUCUCUACAUCCAGUGUGGCAGAACAUUACAUGUCAGUCAUGCAGGGAGGGAACAUGGACCCACAAUCCUCUGUGUGAGAGCGGCCAUGCCUCCGUCCUCCUCUCUUCUUCUGCUCCACCACUUCAUUUUACCUCAACUGGAAGUGGAGUGUGCCAACCCCCCUCACCCUCCCAGACUGGACUUUUUCAUAAUUUGAACAUAAACCCGACGUGCCUUUAUCACACUAUGCAGGUGUCAGUCUCGCGCCUCGACAAUCACACAUCUUCACCCUUAGAUCCAAGCCAUCAGAACUCAAGCUCUGCUUUAACAUUGCGCGCACACACACACAUAAACACAGAGGUCAAGCUAGUUUUUCAGCAAUUAAAUGUUAAAAAUAUCCGGAUUUCACAAUGUUUUGUGUCCUGUCAAAUUCAGCCGAGCUUCCCAGGAGGAAUGAGGUCGGGUGAGUUCCUACGUGUUCUGACUCGCUCUGAGAUUGCGGCCACAAAAGUUUCCCUGUAAUCUAGCCUGAAAAUGGAGCCGGGCUGGCUGUCAGCCAAAACAAACCACACUUUGACGCAUACAUAUACAUUCUCCUUUGACUCUUCAAAUCCUUUUGUUUCAGCUUUUGUUUUAAACUGGAAUUUGUUACAUUUUUCUCUUAAAAAUCAAUUUAUAUGUUGUAUUUUUUAUGAACUGUAUAUGUUACACACUUAAUCUGUGUAAGGUUAAAGUCAUUCAGUAUUACAAGCCAGUGUAGGUGACAGUAUUAAGGACAUGUGGCUCUGAACAAGAAAGACAGGUUUUAUUGUCGGUUUGAUUCAAGAGAUGUGACCGUUACUCAAGAUUUCAAUACUCUAGAAGUGGCACUGUUUCCACUGCGGUUUGUAAGGCAGGUGGUUGUGGAGUGACAUCUUUUCAUCAGAAAUGGAGACUAUUUCCCUGAACCGAUGUUUCAAAACUAUUUUUCCGUUUUUCUUUACCCCACUGAAUAGUAUGAUUGAGAGCAGGAGGAGGUCAGUCAGUUAUUGCUUUUGAUCAACAGUUUUCUUUUUUUUUUUUAUCAUGACAUGAGGAGAAAAUGGUGUAAAUGUUCAGUUUUAGAUAUUGAGGAUCAUGAAUUUUUUUAAAAAACGCUGCUUUAUAAUGAUGUAGGAUCAUUUUGCUAUAAAGCUACAGCUUAGCUUAGCUAAAAGACACAAAGAACAAUUAUCCUGGUAGUCCAUCCUGGUAGUCCAUCCACCUGCCAGCUCACAUUCAUUCAACAUGAGGGUGUAGGAACUGUUCAUUGCCAUUUUAAAACUGAAAGUUUUGGGGUUGGCUAAAUCAAACCCCUCAGUUUAACCCCACCUCCUGCCCUCUUUCUUCUUCUUUUUUCUUGUUGCAGUCAGCAAACAAAAGCGAGGUGUUAAUGUGGUGAUACUCCAGCGACUUUUUGUGCCAACCUGUAUGACACGUGCAGUGUAAGAACCGUUAGCUGAGAGUUUAAAACUCAUUUAUCGUGGUUUUAAGUGUCCUGCGCUUAAAAACGCUAUUUUAACACAGUCUAUCAGACAGCAUCAAUGAGGAUUUUUAUGCAAUACAUAACAAAUACAUGGAUUUAAUUAAAGCUGUGUAAUUAAAUCAACUUCUAUAUUUCAUACUGUUUGUUCUUUAACUGUUUAUAUAAUUACUCAUUAACUGAAAAUGUCUAUUUUGAUGGACAGCAAUGUUUCUUAUAUUAAAACAGCAUGUGUUAAGGUACAUAGCCAUACAUUCAUAACCCAUGUCCUUAAAGUCUUCCUGAUUUACUUCUUUGGCUCUGCUAUAUGGUCAUACUUACACUUUGUAAGAGUCUGUAUGUCUGUGCCCAUAAUCCUUUCUGUGAAAGGAUCGCCCUGCAGGUAAAAAUGUUUUUUGUCACCUUGUUGUUCAAAAAAAAAAAAAAGAAGAAAAAAAAAAAGAUUUGUUAUAAUGAAGUCUGGUCCGUGCCUUCUUGGUACUAAUGCCCUCAAUAUCCAAUAAAUAGGUACAUUUAUCUACCAAUUA